AUUGUCGCAUCACCCACCGUCUCUUGGCGUUCGUUGUUUCUCUUUCUAUAUCCACCUGGUUCUCAUAUCCAGCCGCCAACAUGCCUCGCGCCGAAGCCGGAAGUACGAAGUCGCUCAGCAACAAGAUGAAAGCCGUAAGUCAUGAGCUCCGCCCGUCGAGGUCAUUUCAACGCUAACGUCUCGCAGAAAGGCUUGGGCAGGUUGCGAUGGUACUGUCAGCUUUGCGAGCGACAAAUGCGCGACGAGAACGGCUUCAAGUGGUGAGUUUGUCGACUCGGACUUUACAGGGUCUACCAAUGAGCCAAGAAAAGGCACAGCGCUAACUCUCACGAUUCCUUACAGUCACGUCCAGAGCGAAAGCCAUGUCCGCCAGGCGCUUCUCGUCGGCGAAGACCCCAAGAAACAUAUCGAAGAUUACAGCAAGCAGUUUAUGAAGAAUUUCUUGGAUUUGUUGAGGACGACGCAUGGGGAGAAGAAGGUGCAUGUUAAUCAGUUCUAUCAGCAGGUUAUUGCGGAUAAGGAGGUGAGUUUGAUACUCUUGUUACUUGUUUCUUGCGGGGUGGUGGGGUGUGCUAACGACUUGAAUCUAGCACAUUCAUAUGAACUCGACGAAAUGGACAUCGCUGUCCCAGUUCGCGGCGUACUUGGGUCGAGAGGGAUUGGUUCGCGUCGAGGAAACGGAGAAGGGCCUUUUCGUGUCGUAUAUUGAUCGGAGUCCGGAGACGAUGAAGCGUCGGGAAGCGAUCAUGAAGAAAGAGCGCCAAGAUCGAGGAGAUGAAGAGCGGGAACAACGGCAGAUCCAAGAACAGGUGGAGCGAGCCCAGCAGAACGCUGAGAAGGAGGAGGAAAUCGAUCCGGAGGCCAGAAACCUGCAGCGAACGGAGGGCGAGAAGGUCAAAUUGAAUCUCGGCUUCGGUCCCAAGCCCACUGCCACCGAGGAAUCAAAAUCCGAGUCCGAGUCCAAGUCGAAGUCGAAGUCGCCCACGGCAGAAAACGGUACACCUUCGGAAUCCCCUGCCCCGGCGCCGGUCGAAGCGGCUCCGCAGCCAGCUCCCAAGAUCUCGAUGUCGUUUGGUGGGGAUAAGAAACCCAAGAAUGUGUUUGCCUCGGCGGUGAAGAAGAACCCUCUUGCCGGCAAGAAGGGCUUGGUCAUGGAAGCCCCCAAAAAGAUGUCGGAGCAGGAAAGAAUCAUGAAACAAGAAAUGGAAGCGAUGGAACGGAAGCGCAUGCGUGGACCAUCCGGACUCCCCAAUGCCAAGCGCCCCCGAGUGACAUGAAUAAUGAGGCCGAAUCUUUGAUUCAACAUUUGGUGCUAGAUCGGCACCUACGACUCGUCGCGCCGAGGCCAUCGACCUCGUGAUGACUUUCCACGACCUCGCAGGUCAUCAAACUAGUGACCAAUGAUCCCUCAAAUAGAUUGCUGACACCGAUCAUUGGAGGAAACGCGUCGCUUCAUCCCACCCCGAUCAAGACGCUUACAGGAUAGGUGAUGGCUAUGGUUGCGGCAUACCUAACGACUAGAGUUCUUUUUUUCGAGCGGGUAGCGCGUUGGCGACGCCUUACUAUCAUUCUUGGUGUUCUCGCAUUCUCACUUCAGAAUAUACUAAGCUACAUUAUAUAAAGAUGGCGACAUAGAUGCUGGGACUACGUCA